AUGGGGGGCUUCGAUACCGUGGCUCUAGUCAGCGGCGGCAAGGACUCCGUCAUGGCCGCCAUGAUGGCUCAGUCCUACGGCCACAACAUCGUGGCGCUGGCAAACCUGCUGCCCGCCGAUGGGGACGUGGAGGAGCUGGAUUCGCACUGCUUCCAGACGGUGGGCCACAGGGCGGUGGGUGUGUACCACGAACUGACCGGUUUGCCUCUGUUCCGUCGUAAGAUCGUCGGCACGUCGGCGCACGUGGAGAUGUCCUACGACGUGUGCGACGAACGCGUCAAGGGGGACGAGGUGGAGGACCUGAGGGCGCUCCUCGCCGCGGUGGUCAGGGAGUUGCCCAACGUGAGGGCGGUGACGAGCGGGGCGAUCCUGAGUGACUACCAGCGGCUCAGGGUGGAGGCGGUGUGCGCGGACCUGGGUUUGACGAGCUUAGCGUACCUGUGGAGGCAGCCGCAGGGUCUGAUGCUGGAGACAAUCUGCGCUUCCGACGUGGACGCCGUGCUGUGCAAGGUUGCCGCCAUGGGACUGAAGCCCGACAGGGACCUCGGCCGGUCGCUCGUCGAUGCGAAAGGCACCCUCUACGAGAUCGAGUCCGCGUACGGAUCGCACUGCUGCGGCGAGGGCGGGGAGUUCGAGACGUUGACGAUGGACUGCCCGCUGUUCCGCCGCGGUUCUCUCCGGUUCGAGGAUACACGGGUCGUGGUCACCAGCCGCGACCCCUUUGCGCCAUCCGCGCACCUCGCCGUCGAAGCCGUUGCGGUGGACGUGAAGGACCACACCGUCGAACCGGGGCGGUUGGUGGACGUGAAUGCUGACGUGGACCCGCCCGCGGUGACUCGCCGAAGACGCACGAUCGACGCGUUCGAGGAGGUGCUGACGUCGGAAGAGGCUGUCAUAGGGGGUAACGCGAGGCUCACCAGGAGUUGGCGCCGCGCGGGACCCAAGUUUUGGACAGUCGCCGCCGCCGUGCCAGUCUCGGGACCGAAUCUCGAGGCGGGCUCCGCGGAGGAGGCGGCGAGGUCCGCGGAGGCUGGACUACACUUCGUGGAGCUCUCGUUGCGCGAGAACGGCCGGGACUGGAGCGACGUGGCGCUGGUGCAGCUCUACGUCCGGGACAUGUCGCACUUUGCGGCGGUCAACGAGGCGUACCUGCGGGUGGUGCCGUCGACCCAACCCCCGGCGAGGGCUUGCGUCCAGCUCCCCUUGCCCGGAGAUACCCCCGUCGCGAUGGACGUGCUCGUGGGCGUGGGCUCGGGCGCGUCGGCCAGGAAAUCUCUUCACGUGCAGAGCGUGUCGUGCUGGGCGCCGGCGUGCAUAGGACCGUACGCUCAGGCGGUGACGCACCUCGGCCUGACCCACAUGGCGGGGGUCAUAGGUAUGGUCCCGGCGACGUUGGACAUGAUUCAUUCAAGCGACGGCGACGCGAACGCGACGGAGGCGCGCAGGGCGUGGAGGAGCGCCGCGGCCGUGGCUCGGGCCUCGGGCGCCACGCUCGCUUCGGACUGCCUGUCGUGCACCGUGUACUCUUCAACCGCGGGCGGAGACGGGGCGAGGACCGCGUCGGACGAGGCCUUCGCCGAAGUCAUGCGCGGCGAGGGUUGGCAGGAUGAUGUGGACGUGCCCGGGGGGCCCCACGCGGCGAAAGCCGGGGUACCGACCGGGUCCGUCCACCGUAACGGCCGCGACGGGUCCCCGUUGGCGGUUUCCGGCGACGGGAGCGGCUUUGGCGCGAGCGCGCCCCGUCGGUGGCCGUGGGAUCCCCUGGUCACCCACGUCACCGUGCCCGGGCUUCCGAAGGACGCGCGCGUGGAGGUCCAGCCCGUGUUACUCGACGGCGACGGGCCGGGUGAAAGACGCGGCGGCGACGGCGACGGCGACGAACCGUGGGACGGCGACGUGGAGACUUCGCGGAUGGCGAUUGAGAGCGCCGCGUACGACGACACAGCUGGACACGGCGUCGCGUGCGUUGCCCUGUCGCGACGCGGGAGGUUCUGUCGCGUGCACGCCGCCGUGCCCAAGUCGGCGGAGGACAUCGACGCUGCCGUGGUGGUCGCGUUUCGUGCGGUUGUUCGCGCGGUGGAGGACGCCGGGCUGACGGUUUCCGACGUGGGUUGCGCCCGAGCGUUUGUGGCGAGCGACGAGACGCUCGACACGGAGACGGUGCUGGCGCUGGCGAAUGCGGUGGACGGGGUGUUGGAGGUGCAGUGCGCGGUGGUGCCCGUCGUGCGCGCGAGCUUCGGGUCGGUGGACGACGCCUUUAUGGUGCUGGAACUGAUGGCGGUUAGUUAA